UUUACCAUGUGGGCAUGUGGUCGGCUGCUGCUGCUGCGAUCCUCGCUUGUAAACAUCACGUUCCGGGUCGCUGCUCGUUGUAGCUCCCCUGCAAUCACCCAGACGUCACUUCUCCGAGUCUCUCACCUCAUGGAGUCUAUCCCUCUACCCUCUGCACCCCAGAUGGGGAGAGAAGACAUUGGGGGGACGGGGGAAGCCGAUGUCUCCGCACAGUGGGAACAGAAAGCUUUAGAAGAUGGAAAACCAGAUGAAGCUCAGAAAAAUAAAAAAAGCAAAUGCAAGAGAAAGAGGGUUCGCAGUAUUAAAUCAGUAAGAAAUCUGCUCCCCGAGCUGCCUUUUGCAAAUGAGGAUAUCAAUGCAGUUUUUGAAAUCGCAAGAACAGCAGACAAGAAGGUGAAAAAGAAAAGGAAAAGACAUCAAUUAGAAAAUGAAGAUGAUGAUAAAAGUAAAAAGCAAAAGAGGGCUAAUUAUUUUGUGUCCUUGCCUAUUACAAAUCCUAAGCUUCACGAUGACAUCCAGACUAUUCAAGAUUCAGUUUUACAGAAGGAAAAUAGACUUUCCAGAGCUAUGAUUCCAAAGGGCUCUUACCAUAUCACCCUCUUUGUGAUGCAUUUAGCCAGUGAAGAGGAUGUUACUUUAGCAGUAAGUGCACUCUUGGAGAGCAAAACAACAGUUGAAGAAAUCUUAAGAGGAUUGCCUUUGAUUCUAACAUUUUGUGGCUUAUCUGAUUUUAAAAAUGAAGUUGUGUUUGCCCAGACUACACAGGGAGAUGCUGUAACACAACUCAAGCAGAUAACUGAAACAAUUGGAAAGAUAUUUGAAAAAAAGGACAUUGCUGUUAGUGGAAGUAAAGAUUUCGUACCUCAUUUGACUUUAAUGAAGCUGUCCAGAGCCCCAAAGCUGCGUAAGCAGGGAAUUAAAAAGAUUGAUGCUAGUAUGUACAAGGAUUUCCAAAGUCAUUACUUCGGAGAGGAGUGUUUGCAGCGACUGGACCUGUGCUCAAUGUUAAAGAAAAGACAAACGAAUGGGUACUAUCACACUGAAGCCUCCAUCUUCUUUGGUCAUAAGAAUGGACGAGAACCUGAUGAUGCAGAGCUGGUAAGCUUAAGCAAAAGGCUGGUGGAAAAUGCAGUGCUCAAGGCCGUACAGCAGUAUAUAGAGGAAACACAGCAGGCCAAAACCAAACAGACUGAUGGGAUCUCGCUGAAGCCUGGCAUUAAUAAUGAGAGAAUUGAAAACAACAUCAAAUAACAAUUAUGGCCUCUCCUGGCAAUCAUCUCAACUUGAAAAUAUCAGUUGCAUUUAAGAGACGCCUACUUUGCUAGUCAGGUGCAUCUUACAUGGGGAUCGUUGAACAGUAUUCCUCUAUGGCAACAGUUACACAGAUGGAUUUAUAUAAUGAUAUUUCCUGACAAACCUGUUUGCAAGCAGAAAAUA